AUGAAACCGGAUUGUGAUGAACUGGGAGGGGAGAAGGGAAGCCAUGGUGAUGGUUAUUGGGAGAGCUGCUGCAGCUGGGAGGGUGGUCGUGGGCGUGGGUCUGAGAAUGAGAAGGAGAAGAGUGAUAAGAACGAGAAGGGUCAGAAGAAUGGCGAGACUGAUAAGGGUGGCGGCGGUGGUGAGAGAAAUGGGAGUGAGAAUGACAAGAGUCACAAGACUGAGCUUGUAAAGAGUGAGAAGGGUGAGAAGAAUGAGAAGAGUGGGAAUGAGAAGAAUGAGAAGAGUGGGAAUGAGAAGAAUGAGAAGAGUGGGAAUGAGAAGAAUGAGAAGAGUGGGAAUGAGAAGAAUGAGAAGAGUGGGAAUGAGAAGAAUGAGAAGAGUGGGAAUGAGAAGAAUGAGAAGAGUGGGAAUGAGAAGAAUGAGAAGAGUGGGAAUGAGAAGAAUGAGAAGAGUGGGAAUGAGAAGAAUGAGAAGAGUGGGAAUGAGAAGAAUGAGAAGAGUGGGAAUGAGAAGAAUGAGAAGAGUGGGAAUGAGAAGAAUGAGAAGAGUGGGAAUGAGAAGAAUGAGAAGAGUGGGAAUGAGAAGAAUGAGAAGAGUGGGAAUGAGAAGAAUGAGAAGAGUGGGAAUGAGAAGAAUGAGAAGAGUGGGAAUGAGAAGAAUGAGAAGAGUGGGAAUGAGAAGAAUGAGAAGAGUGGGAAUGAGAAGAAUGAGAAGAGUGGGAAUGAGAAGAAUGAGAAGAGUGGGAAUGAGAAGAAUGAGGAGGAAGUUCAACACGAGGCGACGAUACCAAUGGAGGAAGACUCGGCACCAGAGCCUGCUGCCAAGCAUGCAACCAGCGGCAGUGGCGGUACAGAGGAAGCUUAUAAGGGGGACGGCGCCGAGGCGAUGCAAGUUGAGGAGGUGGGAGAUGAUGGAGGAUUCAGGGGCAUGGAGGAAGUGGCGAGCACACCGGAACUAGAGAGGGAGGUGAAGGGCGGAACCCAGACGUCUAGCAGCAGCAGUGAUGGCAUGCCGAGUCAGCAAGGGAGGGAACCAUUGAUGCUGGCCGGCUUGCUGAGUCGUUGCUCGACGAACAAGGUGGCGAUGGAUGGUGAAGAGUUAUCGCGCCGUAACAGUAUCAGUUACCGGAACAGCGAAUCCCCAGCGCAUGGGGAGGGCGAGUGCAUGGGCAAAGGAGGUGCAGGAGAAGCAGGGAAAGAAGGGAAAGCAGGGGAAGCCGGGGGAGAGAUGUAUGACAAGCACAAGCUGCCUAUGAAGCGACCCUUCAAUCACGCCCCUCUCGGUACGACUGCCGGUGGUGCUGCUGCUGGUGCUGCUGCUGGUGCUGCUGGUGCUGCUGGUGCUGCUGGUGCUGCUGGUGCUGCUGGUGCUGCUGCUGCAGCUAUUGCAACGUCCACAGCCCUGCCCGCCCUCCCCCCUCGCCCUGCCCCUCCGCCGCCCAGCCCUCUCUCCAUCCCCAUUGCCCUCUCCAGAGAGGCAACACCACCAGCAGCAGCAGUCAUAUGCCAUUCCUUUCCUGAAAUCCCCCCAACCGUCCGCCCGAUCACCCCUCUCCCCACCUUCCCCAUUGCAACUAACUCCUCUCCCUGCGUCCUGCCCCUCGACCUCUCCCCGAGCCUCUCCAUGCCGAACCAGCCUGUGCCGAACCUGGACCACAUGCCGAGCCUGAGCUUGCCACCUCCGGCAACAGGUUUGGGAGAAGGUGGGGAGGCUGCGCAUGGGGCGUUGAGGCUGGAAGGGGGAAAGGUGACUAAUGGAGGAGAAGAGGAGAGGAUGGGGGAGGAGCAAGUGAGGAUUGUAGGAGAGGAGGUGAGGAGGAGAGAAGAGAAGGGUAGGGUGGAGGGAGAGGAGAGGGAAAUGGAGUGUGAAGGGGGUGAUGGUUGCAACGGUGGUACUGAUGGUGGUGAUCAGAAGGGUGGCAGUAUAGGUGGCGAUAUGGGCGAUGUGGGCAAUGGUGAUGUGAGAAAUGUGCGAGGAGGAGACAUGAUGACGUGUGGUGGAGCAGGGGUAGCCAUGCCACUGGACCAGCUGCCACUGACUCAGCUGCAGAUGCAGGUUUUGAGACGCCUCAAAACACAUUUCUUCCUCGUCUCUUCCUCGGCCCGCAACCACUCUCUUACUUGUUUCCCUACUACCUCUCCCCCCCAUCAGGUGGCGACGCCACUGGACCAGCUGCCGCUGAUUCAAGUGCAGAUGGAGCGAGCAGACCUUGUUGCUUCCACCUACACUCGCUUGCUCCACACAUCCGCCCCCACCACCACCGCCACCGCCACCGCCACCGCUGCUGCUGGUGUUAACACCAACGGUACUGCUGACGCCUCUGCUAAUGGCGUCGGGCCUGCACAAUCAGGUGCUCCUGCUGCUGCUGCUGCUGCUGCUGCUGCUGGUUCUCCAUCUUCCACUCAUACUGCCGCCGCCGCAGCAGCAGCAGCAGCAGCAGCAGCAGCAGCAGCAGCAGCAGCAGCAGCAGGAGGAGGAGCAGCAGCAAGUGUGGCUGGUCAGAAGUAUGCUGCCAAUGGGAACGUGCCAUGUGGCGGUCAGGGGUUGGCGUCCGAUACGGAAGAAGCUGAGCUGGACAACUUCAUGGGUCAAUUUGUGAAGCUGCUGCGGGCGUUCAAGGAGCAACUGGAGGAGCACAUCCGAGUGCACGCCAGGGAGGCCGUUACCACAUGCGCCCGCCUCAAGCACGCCGUUGCUGCUGCUGGGGGCACUGCUGCUGAUAAGCUUGCUGCGUCUGGGGCUACCAUGUCCGAUGAUGAAGGCGGGGGAGGGGAUAGGCCCAGCAGCAAUGGGGGCAUUAGAGCCCUGGAGGAUGCAUGCAACAGCCAUGGGAAUGGGCAUGUGCAUGCGUAUGAUAAUAGUCAUGGCAGCGGUUACAAUAGCCAAGGGAGUGGGUACCAUGGUCACCGUCUCAACUCCUUCAUGCCUGUUGCUGCUGGUGGGAGUGGCAGUGGUGGCGGUGGCGACGGUGGUGGUGGCAGCGGUGGGUGUAGCAGCAUGUCAGGCUCGUUUCACUAUCAGCACCAGGGUUACUCGCAGCAGCAGAAUCAUCCCCACCACCACCACCACCAUCAGCAGCAGCAACAGCAGCAGCAGCAGAGUCCAUCCAUGCACGCACCCCAUCAGCCCCUCACCCUCCUCCCGCUCCCCCCUGCACCACACCCUACCACGGGCAUGGGUGGGAGUGCAUGCAUGGGUGCACCCAUGGCAUUCGGGGCAAUGCAGCAGGGCAUGGGGGGGCAUGGCAGCAUGGGGACACAUAGCAGCAUGGGCAUGGGGAUGGACACGGGCAUGGGCAUGGACAUGACAGGGAGCAUGGGCAUGAGCAUGGGCAUGGGCAUGGGGGGAGCACAGGACAGGAGUGCGGUGGAAGAGGCACUACUCAAGGAAUACGGUAGAGAGGGGUUCCGCACUCGUCUGCUGGGAGUGAGGGAGGAGAUCAUGCGCAAGAGGCGCGCGGGGAAGCUUCCAGGAAACACCACGCAGGUGCUCAAGGCGUGGUGGAACGAGCAUAUCCAGUGGCCCUACCCCACGGAGGAGGAGAAGGCGGGCCUGAUGGCACAGACGGGGUUGGAGCUGAAGCAGGUAAACAACUGGUUCAUCAACCAGCGCAAGCGCAACUGGCAUGGCAACCCCGCUGUCGCAGCCGCGCAGCACAAAGGGCCCAAGCAGGCCAAGCGCAAAUGA